AUGUCCCUGCCCAGGCGUACCGUCGUGCAAGACCUGCCCCUCGACCCCGAAGAGUACCAGCGCUAUGGACGCCAGAUGAUCAUGCCCGGUUUCGGUCUCCCAAGCCAGGUCGCUCUCAAGAACGCCAAAGUGGCUGUCGUAGGGGCUGGAGGUCUUGGGUGCCCUGUUCUCCAGUAUCUUGCGGGGUCUGGGGUCGGGACCAUCGGGAUCUUUGACGACGAUACCGUCAGUCUAAGCAACCUGCAUAGACAGAUACUGCAUACGACAGACCGUGCCGGUAUGAACAAGUCUGAAUCUGCAUGUCUUGCUCUUCGGGCCCUCAACACCAAAAUCAACCUCAUUCCCAAUCCAGUAUCAAUUACACCUUCCACAGCUCUCGAUCUGCUGCGCCCUUACACCAUCCUUCUCGAUUGCACCGACCGGCCCCUGACGCGGUAUCUCCUCUCGGACGCUGCCAUCCGAUUAGAUAUUGCUCUCGUCUCUGGCGCCGCCAUCUCUUCUGCUGGCCAGUGGGCUGUUUACGGCGGCAUGCGCAAGAACGGAGCAAGGAGAGCUUGCUAUAGAUGCAUUUGGCCGAGCGUACUCGCUGGAAGUGGUGGAAAUGGGAGAUGUGAGGAGCUGGGCGUCUGGCCCGUUGUCACGGGAAUGAUUGGGGUCGGCAUGGCUGGGGAAGCAAUCAAACUCAUACUGGCCAAGGAAGACCCUGAACCUCUCUUACAUCUUCAUCACCUCGGAUCGAACCCACUCAUACGAUCGAUUCGCAUGAAGGGUCCUUCCCCGAAAUGUAUCGCCUGCGGCCCAGACGCCACGAUCACAGACGAUCUUGAAGCCUUUGGAUACGACGAGUUUUGUUCCGGUGGAGACACACGCCCAGAGACGACUGAUGAGACGGGAUUGGUAGACGGUCAUGCGGGGAUGCGACUGAGCGUAAAGGAGCUGGAUCUCAUGCUGCAACAGGCGCCGGACAAGACUUCUCUUAUAGAUACGAGGCCUCCAGUGGAGUUUGGCAUAUAUGUUCCUCUCGCCACCAUCCUCUCCGACCCCAGCUCCAUACCCAUCUCCUCCGAGAUGGUAUUCAUAUGUAGAAGAGGCAAUGAUUCUCAGAUUGCCGCUGCGGCUCUGCGAAAAGCCAUCCCAAACAGCGAGACAGUCCGCAUCAGAGACGUACGCGGGGGUCUCAAGUCCUGGGGCAAGGAAAUUGAUAUCAACUUUCCUAUAUAUUAG